GGCCCACUCUCUUUUAUUAAACCCCUCUUCUCUCCCUACUGUCUGAAAAUUUCCCCUUCCCCGAAUUCCCUGCCAGCCGUCCUGCGCCAAUUCCCCCUCUAUUCUCUGGGAGAGCUCUGCCCUAUCGCCGCCGCGAGGGUUCUGCUUUUCCUCACUUCUUACUCUCAACCGCCCUGAAUCUCCAACUUACAACUGAUCUGACCCCACUUUUCAAUUCUUCCUUUUGUCUUCCGAUUCAUCACUGGUCUUAAUUACGAUGGGAUUAUUUGCUUUCUAGAGCUCUUGCUCAUCUCACAGAUCACCUCAAACCCCGAAAUUUUCAUUUACUUCUUGAUCAGCCUCUUACAAUUUGCCGUUAUGGCGAUUCGAUUCACCGUCACCUACUCGGCCACCGUCGCCUCAAACCUUGCCGCCUCCUCCGCCGCAUCCGGGAAAUGCGCUGCCUCGCGGUUCUUUCACGAGUGCGCCACGAGAUCACGAAUUUUCCAGCACCCGCCAACGCAAAAACCUGACUCCAGUUACUCCGACUUCCGUCGGCCCGUAGUGGGCCCUGGUGGCGUCUACUCGAAGCCUUCCAUACAUUCGAUUCUGGCCGAUGAAAUUACUGGCGGAAGUACCCAAUCGCCUGUGGUUUUGGGAUUAAUUUCUUUGAUGAAGCAAUCAAUUGGGGCUUCUUCCAACGUAAGCGUUUUGGGAAUUUCACCCCUGAAGGUGUCACCGAUUGUUUCCUUGUUGUCAGGUUCUAAGUGGUUACCUUGUAACGAGCCCACGAUCACGGAGGUGGAUAGAGGAGGGACAGUUGCUAGUAGCAUAGGCGACAGUAUCAGCAAAGGAACACGCAAGAAUGGUAGUGGUACCGGUAGUGAAACUAAGUGUUCGGAAGCAUUGGCGAUGGCUAAGAGUGGUGGUGCAAGCAGCGUGAAGGUUUUGCCACAGAGCACUGGUGGUAGUAGUAGCAGUAAUAGUUGGCUUUUGAAAAUGAUGAAUCUUUGCUUCAGCUCUGAGGAUGUGAAGGCGGCUUUCACCGCUUUCAGUGUUAGCAUAUUGUUCAAGUCUACUUUGGCUGAGCCGAGGUCAAUUCCUUCCACGUCUAUGUACCCUACACUUGACGUGGGCGAUAGAAUUCUAGCUGAGAAGGUUUCUUAUAUUUUCAGGAAGCCUGAAGUCUCGGAAAUUGUGAUUUUCAAGGCUCCUUCAAUUCUUCAGGAAAUUGGAUUUAGUCCAUCUGAUGUGUUUAUCAAACGAGUUGUAGCUACAGCUGGUGACUACGUUGAGGUUCAUGAUGGAAAAUUGAUGGUCAAUGGUAUAGUUCAAGAUGAGGAUUUCAUUUUGGAGCCACUUGAAUAUGAAAUGGAUCCAGUGCUUGUACCAGAAGGCUAUGUGUUCGUGUUGGGGGACAACCGUAAUAACAGUUUUGACUCUCAUAACUGGGGUCCGCUGCCUAUCGAGAAUAUUAUCGGAAGGUCAGUCUUCCGGUAUUGGCCUCCUUCAAAAGUAUCCGACACUCUGUACGGCACAUCCCAGCAGAGGUCUACUGUUGUAUUUUCCCCUUCUCAGCUUAUUGGGCACCUGCGAUCACUAGUUUCCUUUUACCCUGAUGCACGCAGAAAGUCCCCACACAUGAAUGGAUAUUCACAUGUUCACAAAGAUGGAGGUUUUUCGACUAUUGCAAGCUGUUUCACGCGCAUAAACUGGGCGCAACUGCAACCGGUCUCGAUCAUUGGAGGCGAAUACUCGCUGGAGCAAAUCACCGCCUCUGAAAGCCCAUUACUGUCGAUCAAUUUCCCACUGAGAUCGCCGACCACCCGCCGGCGGAAUUGUUGGAUUACUGUUCACUCAUUUAUUGUUGAUCCAUCAUCAUUUUUGAUAUUGUGUAAUAAUAUUGCGAUGCUCAGCCGAAACUUUACGCCAUUUCUGCUGGUAAUAAUCGUCCAAUUCGUUUCGUUGAUAAGCUCAUCAACCGUCCUACCGCCACCCGCCUUCAACCUCUCCAGCUUUCUCUAUCCCAAAGUCACCACCUUCGUUGAAUCGGGCAUUCCUUCUCCACCGCCGAGUUUUUUGCAGGGUGUGCUGGAUGCGAUCGCCAAUAAAGAGAAAUGGGUAUUGGAGGACAUUCGGGUUUCGGAGUUGGAUGUAAAGAAAGCUAAAUACAGGUCAGUGCAAAGAUAUGAGGUUCAGGUUCGUUUUGGGAAGGCUCGAAUUGUUCUUAAGAUGUAUGAGGAAGUAUCAGAAUGGAAGAAAAUGGAGGCUCCAAGGAAAAAUGAGACAUCAAAUUUUGAAGCGUCGGCUAGGAGAAUUGGUUCUGAGGCUGUAAUUGAUAGUUUUAAAAUUGAAGGUCCUUUUGAAUUGCGGGUUGCUGGAAAUGAUGAUCAGCUCUCGCUGAUGUUGCCGUUAAACACUACGUACUCUGGCUUGAGACGGAUAUCUGUCGGUGAAGGCAUCACUGUAGAAGUGAAAGGCGCUGAAGAAAUUUCCAUAUUUCAUCCUUCUGAUUAUCAUCAACUUCCAUUUGGUGCUUUCACUAAGAUGAAGUGGAAUGAGGUCGGAUCUAUUUGGCCUGCUUUAUGCACAGCACUACUGCCUGUACGUAUUCUGGGGUCUGCAUCAGUGGUUGCUUACAGAGAUCGAAGACCUGCUACAGUUAUCCUAACUGUUUUUUCAUCCAGAGAUGCAAUUAAAUUAUUGCCUGAUAAGUGUUAUGUCAGACCACACUAUGAGAAACCGAGGCAUCUUCAUAGUCCUUUAAAUACCAGAAUAGGCUUGCUGGAUAGAAUAUUGAGGGGUUUCCUAAAUGAGAGUGGCAAUGCAAACGCUGCUUUGGGAUCUCUGAAGGCAAGAGUUAGAGGUUCAACCAUAUUUCGCUUUCAGUUGGAAAUGGAAAGGCACAUCAGAAGCAAUGAUACUUACUGGAGCGCGUUAGCUGAGUGGAGAACAAGGCCUAAUAUUGAACGUGUAUGGUUUGAAGUAGUGGCAAGAAUUGAAGGUCAGGUACUGAAGCCUCUAGUCAUCAAGAAAGUUAGAACGUUAAAUGGAACAGAUUCAUUUGCUUGGAGUAGUUUAGUAUCAAAUCUUUCCUUCACAAAGUUUCCUCCGGCCCUUCUCCCUCCCAAGGCACUGACUCUGGGAGUGAAGUGGUAGGAGAAAUUUCUCACUUCUUUAAAUAGCUUGACAUUAAUCAUUUGCAGUCAAGCGGUUUUCCUCUGUAUAAAAAUUUGUUCAUGUAGGCGUAAUGAUCUGCUCAACAGCUUGUUACUUGGAUUUGUACAUUAACAGUGAAGUAAUAUAAAGCUUUCUCAUCAGUAGAGAUGGCCUUUUUCUUUA